AUGCUGGACUAUUUCCGCCACCGGCGUUGGUCCCACGUGGAUUUCGCGUCGCCGAGGAUCACGGACAACCUCGCCACCUCUACCUUCAGGACCACUCCGCACGACGCCGACGCGUCCGCAUCCACCACUACCGCCGCCUCCGCUUCUAUUUCCACUUCAACUUCCACCUCCACUUCUGCUCCCGCUUGCACUUCUACUACCACUUCCACUUCCACUUCCAUUUCCACUAACCACAUCUCUAACGCGAGUUCGCCCACUACAUCUGUUCCCACUGCCAUUCCUAGCGCCAACGCUUCCCUCUCCUCCUUCCCCUCGAAGCCCCUUCCCAAGGCCACUACAAUCACCACCACCGACGUCGGGUCCAGCUCCGGCACCGUCACCACCAUCAUCAUCACCGCCACCACCACACAUCCCCUGACUACUGCCACCGGCACAAGCACGUCCACGACAUGUCCGAUCAUCACACGCCACAUCAAGACCACCAUAAUUCCCCAAAUAGCCACAGACCCGAUUCCCACGCCCACAGCAUCAGCCACAUCAACAUGUUCCCUCAACACCAGAGUAUCCGUAGCCACACGCCCUGCCACACGUCACAAUAACACAGACACGUCCCUUGCCACGUACUUUAGUCCCGCAUCCAAACCACCCGCCAUGCACCCUACAACUACGGCUUCACGCUCUGCCACCACAUUUUCACCCCCUGCAUCUCCUCUCUCGUCUUCAGGGAUGACAGAAGCGCUUCUCAGUGCCAGUGACACGCUUUCGCCCUCUGUCACGACCGGAGCCAAAGCCAUAUGUCCUGGCAUCACGGCGCCAUGUUCCACAACACCAGCCACUCAGAAUUCCAUUCCGACUGUUACUACUACAAGACUACCAUCUUACCCAAGCACGGUUUUUCGGCCAAAUAAUACAAGAAUAAGCCUGACCACAAAAUAUCACAACACCACUACCAGUAACUCGCAUCCGGGGAUCACUGCCACGCUCCCUGGCACUGGUACGACUCGCCCUGGUACCAUCACCACUCGCUGCGACACAAAAACCGUGACAGUUCCUGCGUGCGAGGCCGGCGCCGGGUCCCCGCUCUCCAUCACCGUCUGCCAAAGUACCGCCGACACUCCCGUGAGAGCUGCUCCACGCCCUUGGACCUCCAUCAUCUGCCAGGGCACGCCCGCCGGUCGCAGAACUGCCGGCACCUGUGGCAGUGCUACGACUGUGUGCCAGGCCGCCACUAUGCCCCCUGCCACUACCACCGUCACUACCACCUUCAGCCAGAUCGCUCCUAACACACUGAUUGGUAUCACGAGGGCGUACCCAACUGCUGUCACGUCCCCUUUGUCAAGUAAGGUCGGUAAAACUGUCACGAAUCCGACUAGAUCUCUCUGGCCAACUGUCACUACAACUACUGCGGGCUCAAGUCUCACUGUUACUGGUCCAGCGAUUUCUCUAUGCCCGAGGACCCAUGCCAUGACCUCAGCUCCUUCCGGGCACCAGAGUGCCACUCACGCAAGUUCAGCUAUCUCUCCAACUACCUCCGUGUAUCCUCGGGAGUGUGCCGCUGGAACAGUGCCUGCUACUCGCACUUGUGCCAUAAAUACGUGUUUGCUCACCACGUCCGCAAGCCAUGAUGCUAAAAACGCACGUGCAUACAUCACCACCGAUACCACCUCAUUAGGUGCAUCAGCCACCAUAGAUGGCACAUGUCAUGCCACCACACCAUCCCCUGCUACCAUUGCCACAUCCCCUACCACCAUCACAUCCCUUGCCACGUCUGCCACCUCUACCCCAUCUUCUGACACCAAUACCCCCUCUCCUGUCAUCUCUACCCCAUCUCCUGACACCACUACCCCACCUGCCUCUACCCUAUCUCCUGCCAACACUACCCCACCUGCCUCUACCCCAUCUCCUGCCACCACUACCCCACCUGCCUCUACCCCAUCUCCUGCCACCACUGCCUCGUCUGUAUCUACCCCAUCUCCUGCCACCACUACCCCACCUGCCUCUACCCUAUCUCCUGCCAACACUACCCCACCUGCCUCUACCCCAUCUCCUGCCACCACUGCCUCGUCUGUCUCUACCCUAUCUCCUGCCACCACUACCCCACCUGCCUCUACCCCAUCUCCUGUCACCACUACCCUACCUGCCUCUACCCUAUCUCCUGCCAACACUACCCCACCUGCCUCUACCCCAUCUCCUGCCACCACUGCCUCGUCUGUAUCUACCCCAUCUCCUGCCACCACUACCCCACCUGCCUCUACCCAAUCUGCCACCACUGCCUCGUCUGUCUCUACCCCAUCUCCUUCCACCACUACCCCACCUGCCACCCCUAUCAUCACAACAACGAACCGAAACGCUGCCACAACAAAUCCUGCCACGAGAAACGCAUACCCCUUCGCCCCUGCAACUCGCCCAAGCUCCCUUGGCACGUACCCGAUCGUGACCAUCAGGCGCUCGACGACGAUCGCUGCGUGCCCUAUCUCCACCGUCAGCCGCCCGGGCACGUCGGCCUCGUCCUACUCAGCUGGCAGUACCGGUACGAGUACCUCCGACAGUACCAACAGCAGCGCGACCACCACGCCGUCGCCCAGGGUACCACGACACUCCAUUUCGAUGCCCGAGUUCAGGACCGCCAAAAAGGUGAGCGGACGGGAGCGAGAGGGAGUUGGCAAGGAGGGGGAGGACGUGACAUAG